AUGAUCCGUUUGGCUCUUGUUUUGGCUGCAUUAAUGGCCAUCGGUAGAGGUAGAGCGGCAGCCGCCAAUUCUAUCACGCAGCAGCGGUGCGAUCUGUACCAAGGAAGCUGGGUUCCGGACAGCGCCGACUGCCCUCUCUACGAUUCCUCGGCAUGCCCUUUCAUCCGCAAAGAGUUCGACUGUCUCAAGUAUGGGCGGUUGGACCAUCAGUACCUCCAAUACCGAUGGCAGCCUUCUGACGCCGCCUGUUCUCUGCCCAGAUUUAAUGGGUUGGAAUUCUUGAUGAAGAUGAAGGGGAAGAAGAUUAUGUUCGUGGGAGACUCGUUGAGUAUGAAUCAGUACGACUCACUGUUAUGCAUGCUUCAUGCAGCUGCUCCCAAUUCCAACAUUACCCGUGAUUAUCAACCUCUUCCGACCGUCACCUUCCAGGAUUACGGAGUGUCGAUAAUAUUGUUCACAAGCCAUUAUUUGGUAGAUAUCCAGCAGGACAAGAUAGGUCCUGUCCUAAAUCUGAAUUCAAUGAGCAGCGGCAAUCUGUGGAAGCAAAUGGAUGUGCUGAUUUUCAACACUUGGCUUUGGUGGUACAGGACAGGUCCUAAGCAAGGAUGGGAAUAUAUACAAGAUGGCAAGACCAUAUCCAAGGAUAUGAACAGAAUGACUGCGUUUACAAGAGCCUUGCAGACGUGGGCAAAAUGGGUAGACUCAAGCGUGGAUACAAGUAAAACAACGCUCUUCUUCCAAGGUGUUUCUCCAGCCCAUUACGAUGGGGCCGGUUGGGGGGAGCCAGGGGUGAGAGAUUGUUCUCGCGAGACGACACCAAUCGCAGGAGCCAGCCGAGGCGUGGUUCCAUUGGCGCUACAAGUGCAAGAGGACAUCCUGAGAAGCAUAAGGAAGCCGGUCCAUUUCCUGAAUAUAACCGCAAUGUCGUACAUGAGAAAAGAUGGGCAUCCAGCAUCCCACAACGGCCUUGGGGGCAUGGAUUGUACGCACUGGUGCGUUGCUGGCGUCCCUGAUACUUGGAACCAAAUCCUAUCAACAACACUACUCACUCAGUCGGGAUAA